GUUGCACGCGCCAAUGAAUGCGCAGAAUCCCCAUUCUCUCUCUUCAACGACCCUUCAAAAUAUCUGGCUCACAUUACCCCAAGAUAUUAUCUGCCGGAUGACGUGGCACCCCAACGAUGGCACUGACACGUGUAAAAGCGAAGCCAUGUGGAGCCUUUUUCCUUCCCCGCAUACACCCUCUCUUCCCCUCAACCGAACACAGAGGGUUUCUUCUCCGCUGAAAUUCCGAUCACGCUCCAUGGAACCGCACGAUCUCCGUCGCCACCUCUCGCCGCCGCUUUUCUCCGAUCCGGAACCAUUGCCUGAGUACCUCACUCGCUCCACCUCUGACUCCUCUGCUGUCACCGUCGAGGACACGUCCAAGGACUUCUCGUCUCAUUCCGCGCCCGCUCCGCUUCUGGAUCAGUCAACUAGAUGGACGGAUCAGCAGCACAGUCUAUAUAUUCGUUCUUUAGAAGCCUCAUUUGUGAAUGAAUUGCAUCGUUCUAUUCGUUUACGUUGUUGGAGCAUAAAAAAUAGCACAGAUGAAGCAUGUCAGUAUAGAAUUUUGCGAAAUUCACAUAAUAUGCCUAAGCAGACCGUGGCUCUACAAGAUGCCUGCCAGAAGAGGAUCAACCUUGAAAGAAUUUCACCUUUGUUUGAGAGCACUGCUGAUUCUCAUGUUCUUACAGGAAGUCAAUUUGAACUUACAUCUGUGGAUAGAGGCUGUAGUUUGGGAGAGCCUAUCAACUGCAAGCAUGGAUUGCUUUGUGAUAAGGAAAUUUAUGCAAGAGGAAGUUCAACAUUAGAAUUGGCUUGCAGUACUACAGAGGUCACCGAUCAAAACUUCAAGGAUGAAGAAGCCAAGUCAUGCUGCAUGCCUUUGGUGAAAAGGUUGAAGAAAGGUGCAGCUGAUGGUUCAAGCAGUGAUCAAGUAGAGUGGAAUCUUUAUUCUUUGUCUGAUAAAAGUCCCAAAUAACUUGGAUUGUCUUGCAUAUCUUUUCAAAUUCCUUUAACCUGCAGAGUGUGCCGUUUGGAAAACUUCACACACCAGAUAUUUCAAUUAGUAGUAAUGGAACCUCAGAAAAUAGAGGACAUGAAUUGGUAUCAGAACUCCCAGAGUCCAUUUCCCAAAGUCUGAUCUGCCAUACUUUCUAAGGGAAAGGUAAGAAAGAAUAUGCAACACAUUGAACCAUCAGCUUUUACAGUGGAUGCUGAUACAAAUUGAGAGAACUGACAAUUUGCAUGGUGCUCUUUCAAGAAUUUGUUGAGACUUCUGUAAAGGAAAAUCAAACGUUACAACAACUCUAUUCUUGUGGAAUUUUGCGCUGGUUAGGUUAUCCAUGGGUGUUUGAUGUAACAUAGUGUAACGGAGAAACUAUUAAUAGCAACUUGCGUACACAUAGUAAAAAUUGUGAUUUUAUAUGAUUUUUUGUCAGCGAAUUUUUGGAUACUUAACGAACCGUUUAGGUAUUCCAAAAUUAGUAUUACAUUUCUUUAUGUAGCUUCAUCAAGUUUCAUUACAAUAAUUGUACCUAAAGUAGUUGAAAAGAUAAAGUUGGAGUUGUAUUUUUAUCAAUGAUUAUUAUGACUUUCUUUUCUUA